UGUAAAUUCUAACUAAACAAGGGAAGGAGCUUUUUACUUAGUGCUUUUUUUCAAUGAUUUCAUCUUUGCCAUUGGGUACACAGCCUGGCACAUAGUAACAGCUUAGUAAAUAUGCUAAACCCUUGAAUGAAAGUUCAUAAAAAGCUUUUUCUCAUCAAUACUACCCAAGACUGUGUAAUGAACUGCAGGCUUGUUAGGGGACAAAGCCAUCUGCGUAUCCACAGUACACAAAUGAUGAUUCUAAAAUAUUAAAAAGAGACUGAAUAGUUAGUAGCCGCCUACUACUAUGGAUGGUCAUGAAGAUGGGUGAGUAGAGGCAUAGUCUGUGAUUAGAUGGCUCACUCAGUCAUGAGAGUAACACUUAUACCAAAAAUGUUAAGAUAUUAAUGAGAUUGCCAAGUGGUUUUGAGAAUAAUUUUAGUUAUUUGAAAACGCACUGAUCUUUGUCAGUAAAUCCUGAACAAGUGAAUUAUAAUGUUAAGUAGCACAGAGAAUAUUUAUGACAGUCUCUAACGUUCAUGAAGUGAUUCUAGCUCCAAAGGAAAUAAAAAGUUGAAGAAAUUCAAUGUUAGAAGUUGGAAAGAGUAAAAUACAUUAAUAUCUUCAAAUGCAAUGAUUAUGUCUGUGAAACUGGCCUAUGUGGAAAGAAUGAGGAAAUUUUUAGUCCUGUAAAGUAUUUUUUGAAAGUUGUUUCAAGACAUUCUCUUAGUAUUAAGAUUGUAGGAGUGUUUGGUGCUAGCCUGAGAUCCCUUCUGUCUAUAUUUUGGGAGAUUGUUAGGUCAGCUAGGGUUUUCCCCCCUCUUCCAGCAUUACUUAAGCUGUUCUACUCUUGCACUGGGGUUGUGGCAUUAAGCAUGCCAUGGAUAAGAAGCCUGGCUGGGCAGUGCAUUCUCAAAAGUCAGGUGCUUACUGUUGGAAGGCAGCUGCUUGAGGUUCAAGGCAGUUAGUGUCCCUCUCUUCUGCCUCGGGACAGCUGGUUGUUUAUCAGACUCCUGAGAAGUCUUCCUUGCUCAUUGCUCACUGGUAAAGGAGAGAGAGAGAUUAUGCAGCGGGCUUUUGAUUGAUUCAAUGGGAAUUACAUUGAUCUGGUGUCUGGCCUUGGUUCUUAUAAAGUGGAUCACUUCUAAGCGGCGUGGAGCUAUUUCUUAUGACAGUUCUGAUCAGACUGCACUGUACAUUCGUAUGCUAGGAGAUGUACGAGUAAGGAGCCGAGCAGGAUUUGAAUCAGAAAGAAGAGGUUCUCAUCCAUAUAUUGAUUUUCGUAUUUUUCACUCUCAAUCUGAAUUUGAAGUGUCUGUCUCUGCAAGGAAUAUUAGGCGGUUACUAAGUUUCCAGCGGUAUCUCAGAUCCUCACGCUUUUUCCGUGGUACUACUGCUUCCAGUUCUCUAAACAUUUUAGAUGAUGAUUAUAAUGGACAAGCCAAGUGUAUGCUGGAAAAAGUUGGAAAUUGGAAUUUUGAUAUCUUUCUAUUUGAUAGACUAACAAAUGGAAAUAGUCUAGUAAGUUUAACCUUUCAUUUAUUUAGUCUUCAUGGAUUAAUUGAGUACUUCCAUUUAGAUAUGAUGAAACUUCGUAGAUUUUUAGUUAUGAUUCAAGAAGAUUACCACAGUCAAAAUCCUUAUCAUAAUGCAGUCCAUGCUGCAGAUGUUACUCAGGCCAUGCACUGUUACUUAAAGGAACCUAAGCUUGCCAAUUCUGUAACUCCUUGGGAUAUCUUGCUGAGCUUAAUUGCAGCUGCCACUCAUGAUCUGGAUCAUCCAGGUGUUAAUCAACUUUUCCUUAUUAAAACUAACCAUUACUUGGCAACUUUAUACAAGAAUACCUCAGUACUGGAAAAUCACCACUGGAGAUCUGCAGUGGGCUUAUUGAGAGAAUCCGGUUUAUUCUCACAUUUGCCAUUAGAAAGAAGGCAGCAAAUGGAGACUCAGAUAGGUGCUUUGAUACUGGCCACAGAUAUCAGUCGUCAGAACGAGUACCUGUCAUUGUUUAGGUCCCAUUUGGAUAGAGGUGACUUGUGCCUAGAAGAUGCCAGACAUAGGCAUUUGGUUUUACAGAUGGCUUUGAAAUGUGCUGAUAUCUGUAACCCUUGUCGGACCUGGGAAUUAAGCAAACAAUGGAGUGAAAAAGUAACAGAAGAAUUCUUCCACCAAGGAGAUAUAGAAAAAAAGUAUCAUUUGAGUGUGAGUCCACUUUGUGAUCGUCAGACUGAAUCUAUUGCCAACAUCCAGAUUGGUUUUAUGACUUACCUAGUGGAACCGUUAUUUACAGAAUGGGCCAGGUUUUCAGACACAAGGCUAUCCCAGACAAUGCUUGGACAUGUGGGACUGAAUAAGGCCAGCUGGAAGGGGCUGCAGAGAGAGCAGUCUAGCAGCGAGGAUGCCGAUGCCGCAUUUGAGUUGAACUCAAAGUUAUUACCUCAGGAAAACCGGUUAUCAUAACCCCUGAACCAGUGGGACAGACUGCCUCAUGGAGGUUUUUAGUAAUGUGAAACGGGGUCUUGAGGUGAGAGAACUUACUCUUGACUGCCAAGGUUUCCAAGUGAAUGAUGCCAGCAUUAUUUAUUUCCAAGAUUUCCUAAGUUGGAUCAUUUGAACCCACUUUUUAAUUAUAAGACCUGAACAUACAGCAAUAUGCUUUUGGCUUUUGUGUGAAACCUUGAAUAUGCAAAGCCCAGCAGGAGAACCCGAAAAGAGUAAAAAAAGAAGUUUCUCAGUGUGCCACGCAUUUUUCAAAGCAUUUAUUCUUCAAACAUGAAACUUGAACUGAAUCUUUCAGCAGCAAUCUCUUGGAAUUCAACCAGUCUGAUGCAACAUUGUGUAUCUGUACCUUCCACUAAGUUCUCUCUGAGAAAAAGGAAAUGUGAAGUGCCCAGCCUCUGCUGCCUCUGGCAAGACUCAGUGUUUACAAAUCAACUCUGAAAAUAUUGGUUCUAAAUUGCUUUGGAGCAUGAUUGUGAAGGAACCACUAAAAAAAAAAAAAAAAAAAAAAUUUAAAGAUCAAACUUUAGACUGCAGCUCUUCCCCCUGUUUGCCUUUUUUCUUCUUUGGAUGCCACCAAAGCCUCCUGUUUGCUGUAUUUUAUUUCGUGCACUGGAAGCUGAGCAUUUAUUCCAGUGCAUUUAUCAUAGAGUACUGCCAAGCUUCUACUCCAGUGCUGUUUGGCAAUGCAGUUUUUUUUAACUGUUAGUUUUUAAUUUGGGGUGGGAGGGGAGGAACGCCAAUGUCCUAGCUGUGUUAUGAUUCUGCAGUGAAGACAUUGCAUGUUGUUUUCACUACUGUACACUUGACCUGCACAUGCAAGAAAAAGGUGGAAUGUUUAAAACACCAUAAUCAGCUCAGGGUAUUUGCCAAUCUGAAAUAAAGUGGGAUGGGGAAGUGUGUCCUUCAGAUCCAGGGUACUAAAGUCCCUUUCGCUGCAGUGAGUGAGAGGUAUGUUGUGUGUGAAUGUGUGGAUGUAUGUUUGCGUGCAUGUUUGUGCAUGUGUGACCGUGCAUGUGUUAUGUUCAUCCAUGUGGGAAAGGAUUGGAAAUGUAAGCUUUUAUUUAUUAUUUUAGAAUGUGACAUAAUGAGCAGCCACACUUGGGGGAGGGGGAUGUAGGUAAGCUGUAACAGAUUGCUCCAGUUGCCUUAAACUAUGCACAAAGCUAAGUGACCAAACUUCUCGUUUUGAUUUGAAAAAAGUGCAUUGUUUUCUUGUCCCUCCCUUUGAUGAAACGUUACCCUUUGAUGGGCCUUUUGAUGUGAACAGAUGUUUUCUAGGACAAAAUUUAAGGACUAAUUUUAAACUUAAAACAUUCCACUUUUGUAAUUUGUUUUAAAAUUGUUUUAUGUAUAGUAAGCACAACUGUAAUCUAGUUUUAAGAGAAACCGGUGCUUUCUUUUAGUUCAUUUGUAUUUCCCUUGUUACUGUAAAAGACUGUUUAUUAAUUAUGUUUACAGUUUGUUGCAACAGCCAUUUUCUUGGGAGAAAGCUUGAGUGUAAAGCCAUUUGUUAAAGGCUUUGCCAUACUCAUUUUAAUACGUGCCUGUUGCUGUUAACUUUUGAUGAAUAAAAACCUAUCUUUUCACAUUUU